AUAUAUAUUUUUUUUUUCAAUCUGAUGGGGACGCAUAAAAUGUGCCUUUCUUUAUGCAGUCAUCACUAUUACAGCUAUAAUAAAAAUAAAUAAAUACAAUUAAAACAUUAAAAACAAAAAAAGCGAUUAACUGGAAAGCCACAUCCUCAGACAGUCAGACCCACUCUGGAAAUGUGCGAGUCAGUUCAGCGCGAGCCUGCAGAGCUCCACGAGUUUGUAGCGAUGCACGCGCGACCUUUCUUAAAGUCCAGUGACCUCGACACACACAGGAGAGACAAAUUUGGAUAAAAGACAGCCGUUGUUGCAGUAUCUCAUGUCAUAACGGCAGAAGAUGUUGACGUUCGAGGCGCUUCUCGUGAAAGAGCUGCAAAAACAGCAGAGCAGGGCAGAGUUCUGUGACAUUGUGCUGCAGACUCAAGGUGUUUCAGUGCCGGUGCACAGCUGUGUGUUGUCUGCCUUCAGCCCUUGGCUCUGUGAAACUCUGUCAGCCAUGCCAUCGCCCAGGAAUGGACAGAGACGACUGAUUGAAGUCCAAGCUGUGGAGGCCUGCACGUUGCUCAGUCUGGUCAGUCUUCUGUACUCAGGUCAGUUCAAUGAGGACAAAGAGGAAGUCCUAUUAGCAGCCUGCAAACUAGGGAUCGGCAUACCUCAACGAGAAGCAAAGAGGUCGGCAACUGAGCAAAACACACAGACGGAGUGUACGAAAGAGGUGGCGGAGAGAGAGUGCCAAACCGAGAGUGUUCAGACACUCCCCUCUGAAUGUCAAAACCCCAAAGAAACAGUUGAAACUGUAAUUGGCCCAUCGUCAUGGAGGAGCGAUCAGGGCCUCUGCACGUACACCGAUGGCUCUGAUAUCACCCUGGCAACACUUCAGAACGUCCAGGGUAAUCCAGGGAACAUGCCUUCCUUUCAAGUCAUGGAUGUGGUCCCUAAAACCGCUAUGUUUCCCACAGUGAGUGGACCUGCCUGUUUGCCCCAAGUCUACGUAUGUCCCCCUGCAGCUUCAUACCAGCAGCCUCCAACCCCACUGCCGACUCUCCCUCUCCCUUCUCAUAGUACAUAUGUUGAGCCAUUGGCUAAUCAGGACCAGGCAAGAUUAGGGGGCGAGGAGUGUGUUUUAGAAGCAUUUGCAGAGUUUGAGAACAAUAUCCCAGGGUUUAUCAACUACUUCCUUGACACUAACAUCUCGCAGGGCACGGGGCAAAGGGAGCAGAGCCAGAGAGGGACGAGAGGGGACAUUAAAACUGUGGGAAGGGCAAGAAGGAGGCAAAGGGUUGGGUUAAGUGAAGGAUUUGCUCUAAAGGGAGAAGUAUUGAAUAUUUGUAAAAGAGAGCAAAAUAUGAAUAGGUGCGGAAGGGUGGUGAGGUCAGCCUGGAUGGGGCAAGGUGGGGGUAGGGUUGGCAGGGUGCUAGACACAAGGCAAGUGUUCAAGAAUCAAGAAAGGCUUAAACGGAGACGACAAGGCAGAGGAGCGAUGAAAGGGGAAGGAGAGAAAGGCAGAUCUUCAUCAAGGGCCAGACCCAGACAGAGACAGACAGGGAGCAGAAGCAGAUUGGUAGAACCAGUGUGUCAGGAUACCGCUCCACCUCCAAGAAGAAGAAGAGGUCGCCCCCGCACACGUCCCUUGCCCCAACAAAAUGUUUCCCAAAAUUUCAGUGGAACAUCAGCACCUAAGCAGAAAAUCAUUAACCUUCCAGCUCCAUCCCUGAUGCAUACCGCGUCUCUCCCAGCAACCAAUCAGACCGGCCUCGCUCAGCCAAUAGACUGGCUAAUAGAUGACGUCAUUGCACAGCUCCCUUUCAUGCCCAACAAUCAGCACGGAAUAACAGAUACUGUCACUGUAGAUUCCAGUGUGGAUAAUGCAAGAGUGCAGUCUUCGGUUAAGCUCACAGAUCUUGGUAUAGUCCAACCGCAAUCUGAAGGUGAGCUCACUGAUAUACUUGAUAGUUUUCUGAGAACGUUUGAGCAACACGUUGGUAUAAGCGAUUCAGAUGUUCAAGAUGGGAUGUUGCCCAACAUAAUAGAUGGUAGCCAGACCUGUGGACAUACAAACACAUCAAAUGCACAUUCCAUUUCUAUGAACACAACAACACAGGGGUCAAAAGCAUCAUUAUCCAAGAACAGACCACAAGUCUCAUCUGUUCAUAACCAAGUUUCGCAGAAACCAUUGGGGUAUUGGCAGGUGUCAGGUGUGACAAUGGAGAAAUCACUAGCACAGCAGGGUGAAGAAAAGCCUAAAAGUGGCAGGAUUACCAGAAGCCAAAGUAGGAAGAGGCAGCUGGAAAUUUUCGAAGAACUGCCUAGGAGAAACGAGCUCCCAGCAAAACGGAAGAGAGAAAGGAAAAAAGAAGGACUAGAGAAGCCAAAGGUGGACUUUUCUCUACCGAGGGAGAAAAAAGGACGUAAUAGAAAGCGGCACGGUGAGCAAAAAGGCACCAGCAGCACAGUUGGCUCAAGCUGCAGUGUUGAGAGCGCAUUGAGGAGAGUAAUAAACACAGCCGAUGCUCGCAACCUGAAGUGUGCCACAAAAACAACAUCACAGAAGACUUUAGAUGGGUCAGAAUCCUCAGAGUUGCAUGAUCGCAAAGAGUCCAGUCUUAUAAUAAAGAAACAAAUGGGUCAUGCUAAAAGAAACACAACCAAAACUCUUCUAGAAGGAAGUACGUUAAAGGUGCAGUGCAGUACAGAGACUUCACAACCCAGAUGGCCCAUCACAAAUAAUAAAACCUCUGUGUCCCAUCCAGCUCUUUCUGCUUUUGAAUUAAUGAAAAAGAUCUUGGAAAAUCAGCAGAACAGAGAGGAAGAGCAAAAGGGAGAAGAUCACACAGUGUGGACUGUGAUGAAACAGAAAGGAGAGGAGCAGCUGACAAACAUACAAGUACAUGGAGCUGAGGUAAAAAUGACUGACAUCAGAGAGAAAGAUGGUAGAAUUAGGGUCGAAGAGCACAAUAAUAGCAGAAUAAAUCAAAAAGAUGACAAGACAAAAGAGAGAUUGAAGGACGCUGGUAACCAGAUGACCAUAUGCCUUCAGAAUACGCUGCCUUCAGUUAAAGACUGUAGCAUAUCAAACGGAGAGAGACUGAUGGAGAACAGCUACAACAAAGCAACGCUUGAGACUGCUGACUCUCCCAAUGAUUCUCCUUUUCAAAGAUGCAGCACAGAAGGCAUCAUGCUUAAAAACAGGUCAGACGUGCCUUUUGCCUCACAUGCAUUGGACCCCACGAUGCCACUUGAGAUUUUCCGAAACACACAAGAGUCCACAGACGGUUCAGAGGACGAGGAAGUCGAUGUCGUGGAGGUCUCUAGUUCUUUGUCCGAGUCCUUCUCUGUCCUGCCAGUCACUGUGGACAUUGUGCCCAGCACAGAGGAGGAGGAGGAGGACGAAGACUACGAAAUUGAUGUGAUAAGUUCAGGAUCUAAUUAAACAUGUACAAAUUUCUGUUACUGUUUAGCAUCAGAGUUCUGAAUAAAUGUGUAUCGAUGCAUAUUUGUGGAACAUGGUACCCUUUUCCCUGUAUAUAAUUCAACAGUUCACACAAAUCUAACAGUUGGCAGUAUUUGCUAUUUUGACUUUGGUGGCUUCAGUUUCAGGCAUCAGAAAAUUUUAUAGUUUUAAGUUCUGAAUGUUAAAGUUGUUUAUUUGUGUGACAAUCGUGCCUUCUUGUAAAUAAUGAGACUGCUAUUAAUGUCCAGUUUUCAUGUCAGAAUGUUCAGAAUAAAUAGACAUGGAUCUGA